AUGAUGUCCAGAUCGUAUACGAACCUUCUCGACCUGGCGUCGGGGAACUUCCCGGCGGUGGGAGGCGGCGGCGGCGGAGGGAGGGCCGGGAAGCGGCUGCCGCGGGUGAUGACGGUGCCGGGAGUGGUGUCGGAGCUCGACGAUGACCAGGCCAACAGCCUCGCCUCCGAUGUCCCAUCCUCUCUCUCCCAAGAUCGGAUCAUCAUCGUCGCCAAUCUUCUGCCUGUCAAGGCCAGGCGGCGGGGGGACGGCAGGGGAUGGAGCUUCUCCUGGGACGAGGAAUCCGUCCUCUUCCAGCUCAAGGACGGCUUCCCUGACGACAUGGAGGUCCUCUAUGUCGGCUCCCUCUCCAUCGAUGUCGAUCCCGGCGAGCAGGACGACGUCUCCCAGAUCCUGCUGGAGCGAUUCAAGAGCGUACCCGCUUUCCUCCCCGACGAUAUCUGCGGCAAGUUCUACAGCGGCUUCUGCAAGCAGCACCUCUGGUCGCUCUUCCACUACAUGCUCCCCUUCUCCGGCCACCACACAGGGCGCUUCGAUCGAUCCCUCUGGGAGGCCUACGUCGCCGCCAACAAGAUAUUCUCCCAGAAGGUGAUCGAGGUGAUCAACCCCGAGGACGACUACGUCUGGGUUCACGACUAUCAUCUGAUGGUGGUUCCAUCCUUCCUGCGGCGGCGAUUCAACAGGCUCAGGAUGGGAUUCUUCCUCCACAGCCCCUUCCCGUCGUCGGAGAUCUACAGGACGCUCCCCGUCCGGGAGGAGAUCCUCAAGGCCCUGCUCAACGCCGAUCUCAUCGGCUUCCACACCUUCGACUAUGCUCGGCAUUUCCUCUCCUGCUGCAGCCGGAUGCUGGGGCUGGAGUACGAAUCGAAGAGGGGGUACAUCGGCCUGGAAUACUUUGGGAGGACGGUGGGGAUCAAGAUUAUGCCGGUGGGGAUCCACAUGGGGCUGCUGGAGUCCGCUCUAAGGCUGGCGGAGAAGGAGACCAGGGUGGGAGCGCUCAGGCGGACCUUCGAGGGGAAGACGGUGAUCCUCGGGGUGGACGAUCUGGACAUCUUCAAGGGGAUCAACCUGAAACUGCUGGCCUUCGAGCUGAUGCUGAAGCUUCACCCGAGCUGGCAGGGGAAUGCCGUCCUGAUUCAGAUCGCCAACCCUGGUAGAGGCAGAGGGAGGGACCUGGACGAGAUCCAGGGGGAGAUUCAGGAGAGCUGCAAGAGGAUCAACGACGCCUUCUCCAGUGAGAACUACCAGCCGGUGGUGUACAUCGACUGCCCUCUCUCCUACAGCGAGCGGAUCGCCUACUACACCAUUGCAGAGUGCGUCAUCGUGACGGCAGUGAGGGACGGGAUGAACCUCACCCCCUACGAGUACAUCGUCUGCAGGCAGGGGGUUGAUGGCUCGGAGACGAAGAAGAGUAUGCUGGCAGUUUCCGAGUUCAUCGGGUGCUCCCCCUCCCUCAGCGGGGCAAUCCGGAUCAACCCCUGGAACAUCGAAUCCACCGCGGAGGCCAUGAACGAGGCCAUCUCCAUGGACGAGUCCGAGAAGCAGCUCCGCCACGAGAAGCAUUACAGGUACGUCAGCACCCACGACGUCGCCUACUGGUCGAGGAGCUUCUUGCAGGACCUGGAGAGGAGCUGCAAGGACCACUUCCGGCGGAGGUGCUGGGGCAUCGGGCUGGGCUUCGGCUUCAGGGUCGUCGCACUCGAUCCGAGCUUUAGGAAGCUCCAUGUGGACGCCAUAGUCUCGGCCUACGAGAGGGCCAGGAGCAGGGCCAUCCUCUUGGACUACGACGGGACAGUGAUGCCUCAGACCUCCAUCAACAAGGCUCCCGCGGAAGAGGUCAUUGCCACCAUCAACACCCUCGCCAUGGACAGGAGGAACGUCCUCUUCAUCGUGAGCGGGAGAAGGAGGGACAACCUGGGCAAAUGGUUCUCCCCAUGCGAGAAGCUUGGGAUCGCCGCAGAGCACGGGUACUUCAUGAGGUAACUCUCCUCCUUACCACCAGCCUCGGGAAUUCCAGAAGGGGAGGAGAAGACCUGACUUUGUGCUCCCAUGUCUUUGCGCCGCCAUGUCAACAGGUGGAGCAGGAACGAAGAGUGGGAGAACUGCGGGCAGAGCACAGACUUUGGGUGGAUACAGAUCGCCGAACCCGUGAUGAAAUUGUACACGGAGGCUACUGAUGGGUCGUCGAUCGAAGUGAAGGAGAGCGCCUUGGUUUGGCACUACCAGGAUGCAGAGCCUGGGUUUGGUUCUGCUCAGGCCAAGGAGAUGCUCGACCACCUGGAGAGCGUCCUGGCUAAUGAGCCCGUCGCCGUGAAGAGCGGUCAGUUCAUCGUUGAAGUCAAGCCCCAGGUACUCAUACCAUCCUCUCUCUCUCUCUCUCUCUCUGUGUCUAAUCAUGAAAGUUGGUAGCUUUAGCUUUUGAUCAAGCCCAAAGACCUUAGUUUUGUCAUGGUGAGGCCUAGAAACCCGUGAACAGGUUGAUGUACAGACCUCCGUAGUUAAUCAGACCACCCCAUUCCUCAAGGCCAUAUUGGAUGUGAUUACGGCCACACAUAGAGAGAGAGAAAGAGAAGAGUUCCUGACACGGCCAUCGUCCUCUUGUUGUGAAAUUCGCAGGGGGUAAGCAAGGGCCUGGUCGCCCACAAGAUCCUGUCGUCGAUGAGGGAGAAGGGCCGGCGGGCGGACUUCGUGAUGUGCAUUGGCGACGACCGCUCUGACGAGGAUAUGUUCGAAGGCAUCAGCUCAGUGACGAGGGACUUGGUCUCCCCAGGAGCCCCCAUCUUCGCCUGCACCGUAGGCCAGAAGCCCAGCAAAGCGAGAUACUACUUGGACGACACAGCCGAGGUCGUCACCACCCUCAAAGCCCUCGCAGAUGCCUCCGAAUACCAGUCGUCAUCGUCUUCCUCAGAGGACGAGGGGGAAGGAUCGAGCUGA